AUGGCCACCUUGGUGGUAAAAGAAGUCGCGAUGAUGACGCUACCGGCAUUGGGGCAAGAAUUAGGCUUCGACUUCAAGGACGAAGUGCCUGGUACUCCCUUAUCCUCUCCACCUUCUUCUCCACUGGUAGGCACUUCAGCUUCGGCUCAGAUCAACGAGAUCGACGAACCUGCUCUGGUCAUUUAUCCCAGGGACGGCUCUAGACCUGUGGUGCGCUACGGAUCUCACUCGGUGGAGGAUGUCAGCACAGCAAGAGCGGCUGAUACGUCAUCAGCACCACAAGACUGGCGAGAAGAAGAUGCGAUACGUAUCAAACUCAGAAUCAAUGUGACGGAGGGAUGUGGAGGGAGGAUAUGGCCAGCUGCGGAAGUGCUUGGCGCUUACUUGGCCAGCGACGAGCUGGAAAUGUUGCAGGGCGGCGCACAGGAUGGAGAUUGGAGGAGCGGUACAAUCGUAGAAUUGGGAAGCGGGACCGGCUUGGUGGGAUUCUUGGCUGCUAUGAGGUUUCCUCAAGCUCGAGUUUGGGUGACGGAUCAACAGUGAGUGCAGGCGAGGUCCUCCAGGCAGGGCCUCAAGCGCCUGGGCGAAGAGCAGCUAAGGCAUUGACGGCACCGUGCUGGGAAUGGGGACGUUUAGGGCCAUGUUGAAUGUCAUGGACCUCAAUCACGCCUUGAAUCAGCCUGCGGUGGCCAAUUGUAAAGUGGAGCAAUUAGAUUGGGGUCUCCCUGCAAGGGCCUCGAUCCCCUCAAAGCCCGACGUCCUGCUGUUGGCAGGUACGUGAAGUAGACAAAACGGCGUCGCAAAGUGCGUACACAUCUCAUAGUGGAUCCCCUUUGUCGUGACAGACUGUGUAUACCUCGAGUCGGCCUUUCAGCCGCUCGUGGACACUAUGGUGCAGCUUAGCAACUCCGACACGCUCAUCUUGGUAAGUCGGCUGCUGUCGAAUACGACUACAUCGGUUGCGCGCUGACCGUCAUCUUGGCCAUGCGACUCGCGUCAAAUGGGUUGUGUAGUUCUGCUAUCAGCAGCGACGCAAGGUGAGCACCAUCCAUUGGCAAAAGUCGAGCUCUGUAUCGGGUUGCAAGGUGCUAAAAGAUCCCUGCAUCAACCUUUCCUUCCACCCUGCCCCACCACUGAACAGGCCGACAAGCGCUUUUUUGCACUGCUCAAGAAGCAUUUCACCUGGGAUGAGGUCUUGUCGCCAGAAAAGAGCCGAGCAGCAGCUCCGACGCGCCUUUUCCGUGUUCGAAGGCGGUGA